CAGUCAGUUUUGCCUGUUUGUUAUGUAGUAAGUGCAAAACAUUUUUUGUUCUUGUUGUACACGUACUUGUACAAAACUCCCUAACAAUGUAUUGAUGUACAUCUGUUCAAAAUAUGAUGUGUGCUAUGCCUUCUAUAGUAGACAUUAUAAUAAAAUUAUAUAAUGGCCUUAAGUGUCAAUGGAUCAUCCUUAAAAAAUUUUUUACCCAGACACCAGUUUACAGUAUAGUACAGUAUACAGUGGUUGCCUUUCUUUUCUCCGGGUAGCCCCUUAGCUUACUGUGUCUUUGGGAUAGACUUAGGACUCGUGUAUACUUGGAGCAUCUGAUGGACUGCAUGUACACAUGGACCGCAAGGAAACUCGUUUGGAAUAACCUGUGAAGCAAGCUAAUUUUUUACAGUAACAGCCAGUGGGAUUUUACUGGUUUAUUUGAAAGUUUUUAUUUAAAGCAUCUGACAGUGAUUGUAAAUAAAUGUCUGUAGAAAGUAGUAUACUAUGUUUAUUGUUUUAAUGAAAAAAAGUUGUUUUGACAGGACAAUGAAUGAUUUUUGCAGUGUAAAGGUUUCUGUAAAUUCAAAUUUCUGAAUUGCACAAUUAUUAAAAAUUAUGAAAAUUAAUCAGGAUGUGACUGUAAUCAGUGUUUCUUUAAUCAAUGAAUGCAAGCUGUCCAGUCCCUGAGGCAGCAAUGCAACCCCAAAUCAUAACAUUUCCACCUCCAUGCUUCACAGUUGGUAUGAGGUGCUUCUCCUGAAAAGCUGUUUUUGGUCUGCGCCAAACAUGUCUGCCGUUACUGUGACCAAACAACUCUAUCUUUGAUUCAUCUGUCCAGAGAACAUUAUUAUAAAAGGCCUGGUAUUUGCCUAUAUGCUCAUUGGUGAACUGUAGUCUUGCAAAGGCUUUUUCCUGGCACGCUUCCCAUGCUGGUUAAAUUUGUGUAAUCUCUUUCUGAUUGUAGAAGCAUGCACUUUGACACCAACAGUUGCAAGACUUACUAGCACAUCCUGUGAUGAAAUUUUGGGGUUCUUGGAGAUUUCUUUUUGCAUCAUAUGGCUUGCUCUUGGGCUGAAUUUGCUGGGACGGCCAGUCCUGGACAAAUUAGCAGUCAUUUAAAAUCUGCACCAUUUGUAGAUUAUUUUCCUUGCAGUGGAAUGAUGUAUUUCAAAUAAUUUGGAGCUCUUUUUAAAUCCCUUGCGAGACUCAUAGGCAUCCACAACCUUUUUUCUGAAGGCCUUAAAGAACGCUUGUGAUGAUGACACCACACACCUCAAUAGCAAAGGGAACACCAGACACUAGAUAUAAAAGGGGUGUAAAUAAGACAGGUUCUAAUCACUGGCACCCAAUCUUAAACACCUGAUUCUAAGUUUUGAAUUUGAAGUUGUGAUAAAUGUAGGGGUGUACUUACUUUUUCCAUGUAACUGGUCUGUUUUUUUUGUUUUUUUUUACAUUUUUAAAAAAAAUUUAAUUGUGGAAAUUACUACAAAAUGUCAACUUGGUGUCAUUUGAUGGAGAAUCAACUUUAUUAAUAGGCACUGUUUCAAAGAGGAUCAAAUGUUUGCUUGUCCAAAUAUGUCAAAAACUACAACAGUUUCCAUGGGGUGUACUUAUUUUUUCACAUGACUGUAUGCUACAAAAAAAUCUAAUGCAACACAUCAUGUUCAGUUAUGUAUAUUACUGAGUUCUUAUAUUUAAGCUAUUUGACUGUUUAAUUGAAGUGGUUUCAUUUAAGCCUCAAUAUCUCAAGUAAGUAGGCCUGCUAAUAAUCUAAACUUGAAUCUAAUCACAAUUGAAGUUUUAAUAACGUUCUAUGAGAGCAAAGUGCAGGGGAAAAAACUGCAAUACGUAGCUAAAAUAUGAACGUAUACAUAAAUAAUGUGUCAAAUAUUUGAAUGGUUUUGGAGUAUGUUCUUAACACAUAUCUGUACUGAGGGAGACUAAUUAGCUGUUAAACUGCACCUACGCGGUUAUAAAAAAAAAUAUACAGGUGCAUCCCUAUUCGUGUACUUAUGCACUAUUUUAUGCUGUUUUGUAGUAUACAGGUGCAUCUCAAAAAAUUUUAAUAUUGUGGAAAAGUUCAUUUUUUCCUGUAAUUUAAUUCAUAAAGUGGAACUUUCAUAUAGUCUAGAUUCAUUACACACAAAGUGAAAUAUUUCAAGCCUUUUUUUUUUGUCUUGAUUACAGCUUACAGCUCAUGGAAAUCAAAAAUCCAGUAUCUCAAAACAUUAGAAUAUUAUUAAGAAUUUAUAACACAGAAAUGUCAACCUUCUGAAAAGUAUGUUAAUUUAUGCACUCAAUACUUCCUCAGGGCUCAUUGUGCAGGAAUUACUGCAUCAAUGCGGCAUGGCAUGGAGGCGAUCAGCCUGUGGAACUGUUGAGGUGUGAUGGAAGCUCAGGUUGCUUUGAUAGCUCGUCUGUAUUGUUGGGUCUGGUGUCUCUCAUAGAUUCUCUAUGGGGUUGAGGUCAGGCGAGAUGGCUGGCCAAUCAUGCACAAUCCAGGUCCUGCUGGAAAAGGAAAUCAGCAUCUCCAUAAAGCUCGUCAGCAGAUGGAAGCAUGAAGCGCUCUAAAAUCUCCUGGUAGACGCUGCAUUGUUUUCUCAAGUCAAGAGUCAAAGUAGACCAACACCAGCAGAUGACAUGGCACCUCAAAUCAUCACUGACUGUGGAAACUUCACACUGGACUUCAAGCACCUUGGAUUCUGUGCCUCUCCACUCUUCCUCCAGACUCUGGGACCUUGAUUUCCAAAUGAAAUGCAACAUUUACUUUAAUCUGAAAAGAGGACUUUGGACCACUGAUCAACUGUGUUUUUAGUAAAAAGGUGUUUUGAGAUAAUUAGCUGAUUAGAGCUCUUCUCAGGUUAGCAUUGCUGUAUUAUAAAUUCUUUGUUCUAAUAUUUUUGAGACACUGGAUUUUUUCCAGAAUCUCAUUUCCAUGAGCUGUAAGAAAUAAUAAUCAAUAUUAAACAAAAAAAAAAGUCUAAAUAUUUCACCUUGUGUAAUGAAUAUAGAACAUAUCAAGUUCCACAUUUGGAAUGAAAUUUCAGAAAAAAUGAACUUUUUGAGAUACACCUGUAAACAGUGCGAGUCGGGUGUUCACACUGAAAAUUCCAAAUAGGAAAAAGUACACUUUAAAUACCCGGAUGAUGCACUUACUAAACCGAAAAUACGAAGUGUGGAACUGCCGCAGCUUUAAUUAAGAGGGGGGAGGGGCUAUCAGAUUCCGUUAUUGAAUAAGAAGAAAAAAAAAGAACAUAUAAAAUUCAUACACUACACGCUUGAGUACAUAUUGAGUCAUUUGGGACACAACUUAGUAUUUUUGUUUCUUUCGUAAAUCCGCUAUUCUUCACUCGUAAAUUGUAUCCGCCGCAUACAACACAGUAAACAAUAAAUAGGAAAAAUAUGAUUGGUAGAGACUGACUGUACGUCAUUUCCUGUUUAGCUAGAAGAAUGGCGGUGCAGGAAGUAGUGUCAAUACGGUUUGGUUACGAGUGUUGAUGUUUGUAGUUAUCGAGUUUCAGUAGUAGUUUGAAUUUGUUAUGUUUUGUGUGCAAAAAUAAAACGCAUUAGAUAGGUAAACAGAGGCUACUGGAUCUGAAACUUCUUUUACUCAGACGCUGUCGCCAUGUACCGAGGCUCUAGGCCGCACCGAGGCUCGUUUCCUCCGGCAGCGUCUCGCGGCUUUGCGCCCCGCGGCCCGCCUCCUGCCAGUUCAUUUCCUAGCGCUCCGUACCGUAGUGAGCACGCGCGAGACAGCAAUGGCUAUCCGCAUAGCUACCGUCGAAACCCGGAGCAUCCGAGGAGGCGCUAUUCAUCACCGGGACGAGGGUCUGCGGAUGAUUUCAGAGGCGAUGGGCCUCCUCCGAGAGACUACGCUCAUAGAUUUACCCCUUCACCCCCACAUAGUGGUCUCCCCACUGACCAUAGUCUUGUUAUAACUGUGGGCAACGAGUUGACAGGAUCGGAGGUUCCCUAUGCCAGAGAUUAUUCUCCUCAUCGGUCAAGCUAUGAGGGCCACGAUGAGCAUAGUUCAAGAAGGCACAGUCAUAGGAACAGGGGCUGGAGCCGCAGUCCAGACAGAAUUAACAGCAGAAGUCGUCCUCGCAGCAGGAGCCGUAGUCGUGCAGUGAGCCGCAGCAGGGCACUGAGCCGAGGACGUAGCAGACCACGCAGCAGGAGUAGGAGUAGGAGCCGGAGCAGGGGAAGGAGCAGAGCAAGGAGCAGGGCGAGGAGCAAGAGUAGACCACACAGCAGAAGCCGCAGCAGGGGCCGGAGCCAGAGCAGGGGCCGGAGCAGGGGCCAGAGCAGGGGCCGGAGCAGGGGUCAGAGCAGGGGACGGAGCAGGGGUCGGAGCCGGAGCUGCAGUGGCAGCAGCAGUAGCUGUAGCAGCAGCAGCAGAAAGAGCAAGAGAGAUAAGGAAGACUUUAGAGAGCUUGAGAGGGCUCGUCGACGUAAAGAACUGGAGGAUAUGUUAACGAUGCCCACUAAAUCCAUCUUGAAAAAGAGAGUUGACUCCUCUGAAACUGAUUCUCCUAUGAUCGGACAGAGUACUGACUCUCCACAAGGGACUUCAGGCAGUGGCCUUUCAAAGGAUGCGGAGCAGUUACUAUGCGCAGUGACUAAAAACAUGGACCCAGACUUUCUGGCAUCAGUGUUGGCUCGAAAUUCUAAUACCAGUGCACUUGAAGAGCUCAUAAGCAAAUUACAGCCUACCAACGACAGUGGGCAUGGAUACGCUCUUCCUCUUGAAAGUAGCAGCCAGGAGAAUUCAGACCUCACCCAGCUUCUCAGUGUGAUGGCAGAGGCAGUAGCCCAACCACCAGACAAAAAGAAAAGCUUUGUAGAUAUUGAAGAUGAAGAGAAGUUCCUGUAUGGGGAUGAAGAAGAGGAAGACAAAUACCCAGCAAAAGAAAUUCCUAAAUCUGGACAGUGUAACUUAUCGGAUGUCUAUGAGAAAACUGGACCUGAUGUGCUGUAUCAUGAACCAAAGACUGGAGUAGUACAUGAUUUACAUAGGAAAGAAUAUGGACAUUCUUACAGUCAGGGGCAUCCUGAAGAAGAUGAAGGUCAAAUAACUAAACAGAGCAAAUAUCGGGAUAAGCAUUUUUCUUCAGCCUCACCUGGGCAGCAUUUUGAUGAGGAACCUCAGAGUAACCCACCAGUAACUGGGUCUCACGAUGCUCAAGUUAAGGCAGAAGUGGAGGAAUAUGAGAAGAUACAAGACCUCCUUAAGACUAUUGGCCUUGACCUGGGCGUAGCUGAGAUCAGCAAGAUGGCUGCGAGGACACAAGAGCGCCUCCAAGGGAAGAAUCCUGUGAAGUCGUCUGUCAAAAGGCACCAGUCUGAACGGAGAUGCAGGAGCCACAGCAGGAGUUCCAGUAGCAACAGCAGGAGUAGGAGUACCAGCAGGCGAAGCAGUCGGAGCAGCAGCUAUGAGCACAUCUCAAGUCGUGGCAGGAAGAAGACGCAUGUUCCUCUUGAAAGACAUUCAUCGCGAUCAGACAGUCAGAGUCAGAGGGAGGUUCGGUCGGGUACUAAAGCUGAAGAGAACCUGUGGACUAACACAGGUCCCCCGCCUCCUGAAGUUGUAAAUCCUGGAACAAAUAAUUUCCCAGCUCUCUCUGCCCAUCAGAUGCCUACCUAUCCACAGCCACACACACGUGGAGUUAUGCCUCCCAACUACCCUCCCCCUGGCUAUGAUCCUUAUGGGAACUACAUGCCAUAUAUGCCCCAAGGCUGGCCCAUGUACCCACCCCCUAGUAUGCCAGUGCCACCACAAACUCCUAUGGAUGACUACAGUUCCCCUGCCGUAGAGCGACCCUUCCUGAAAGUAAUUAAUACAGGGGCAAAUGAAGCUCAAGGGAUAGAUAAAAAAGGCUCAAAGGUGGACCCAUUACAGAGCAUGACGAUUGCAUGCAGUGGAAACGAGAGGAGGGUCAUUGAAGAAAAGAAUAAUGCCAAACAAAAGCAAAAGGUAACUGAAGAGCUUGAAAAGCUGAAGAAGGACAGAGAAUCCAGAAUGAAGAAAAAAGAAAGUCUAAUAAAAGAAUUGGAGACACUGCGAAAGCAGCAAGGGGAGCUCCUAAGGAAAAAGCGAAGGGAGAAAGAUGGUCACAAGGAUCCCAUCCUUAUGGAGCUUGGUCGUCUUCAAGAGGAUGUGAUGGCCCAGAUAUCCAGUCUGCGCACUGAACACGAGGCAGCAGAGAAGAAGUAUGAAGAACUAGUGAAGGUUGCAACUAUCCUGGGUCUGGACCACAAAAACCUUAGGAGCUCUGGGGAACAUGAGCACGCACCUGCUCAUAGCAAGUCUAAAGAGCCUAGAAGCCCAGAGAAAUCAAAAUCUGCCUCCAUCACGUCCACCGCUCAGGGUACCAAGGCACCAGCCCCAGGAUCCAGCAGCAGAUCGGAUUCAUUAGCUGAGAUAUUUGAGUACUAUGAUGCAGGAAACCACUGGUGCAAAAACUGCAACAUUACUAGUGGUUCCAUGUUUGAUUUUUUCACACACUUGCACAGCAAAAUGCACAGAAAGACUUUAGAUCCCUACAUCAGACCUUGGGCAUCAAAUUCCGAGCGUGAGAAGACACGCCCUACAGGCGAACUAAUUUCUAAACCAGCAAAAGGAUCUGAAUUUGUGUUACCUGUGAGGGGAUUUUUCUGCCAGUUGUGUAAAGAGUUUUUCGGUGAUCCUAUUUGUGCAGAGGCCCAUGUUAUAUGCCAUGCGCACAAUGAGAAGUAUAAGAAACAAAUGUACGAGAACCCUCUUUAUGAACAACGGAGAAACCUGGAUCGCCAAGCUGGCAUGGAGAGUGAAAAAAAGCAGCCUGAACACAAACGAAAGCGUGAAGAUGAGGACUCCCAGGACGAGCAGAAAAACUCCAAGUCCAGCAAAGAUCAAGUGAAACAGCCCAAGUGCAAGAAUGAAGACGAGGAUAGACUCAAAUACAUCAAGGAAGAUGAACGAAAAGGAAAAUAUAUCAAAGAGGAAGAGAAUAAACCUAAAUGUAAGAAAGAGGACAUUGAGAGGACCAAAUGUAGAAAAGAAGAGGAGGAGAGGUCACGGUAUGCAAAGGAAGAAGUGGAGAGGAACAAGUUUAGAAAGGAAGAGGAAGAGAGGUACAGACAGAAGAAAGGGGAGGAUGAGAGGUACAAGUCUGAAGAAGAUAAAUAUAGAUACAGGGAAGAAAAUCGGUACAAGUACAGAGAAGAUAAUGACAAGUAUAGAUACAGGAAGGAAGAUGAAAAAUCUAGGUAUCGGAAAGAGGAUGACAAGAAAUUCAAAUAUGGUCAUGACACUGAGGAAGACAGGCGACCAAAAUUCAGGGAAGAUGAGGGUUUAAAGUUGCUGAAAUCGAAAUGGGAGGAAGAUGAUGAUGAGGACGAGAGGCCCAAAUAUGGGAAAAAGGAGGAUAAAAAGCAACAACAAAAAGGAGGCCGCAAGGAUGAAAAAGAAAAGUGUUCUUUGAAAGAUGUUAAGAUUGACCCUGAGAAGCUUAGUGAUCUCCCUAAGGUUCUGUGUGGGCCGAGUCCAGCCAUGCUUGCAAAACUUCGCAAAAAGAGUGAGGAGGCCACUUCGCGUCCUUCCUUUGGAAAAUUCACUUGGAAAAAGCCUGAAAAGACUGCACUGGAGAAGGAAGCCGAGAAAAUUGCAGAGCAAUUUAUAAAGGAAGACGAGGAGAGUGUUGUAGCAAGUAAAGACUCUGAAGAUCAGGAUGCUUUUGCCAAAUCUGUGGCUGCUGCCAAGAGUAUUGCUAUCAAGCUGUCGGGUAAAACAUCUAUCGCCCCUUCCCAAGAAUGGGUAGCCUAUAACCAGAUUAAAAUUCGUCCUAAUUUACCCACCCCUUCUAAUAUUCUGAGGAAGUCCAAUGUUGGGCCCCAAAACAAACCGGGUUCUGCUGACACAGCCUCCUUAGCUGUACCAGCCAUAGAUGCAAGCAACAAGUCUUCUGAAACUGUGAUAAAAAACCAGGCAGAGAAUGAAGACGUUCUGCCAGUUGAUUUAAUCUCUAAGGCAUUUGGUGGUGAGGAGGUCCAAUUGGAAAUUCCAGGUGAUAACUCGGCCAGUCUUGCAUCUGAUUCUAUCUCUGUACCAACUACUUCAGCUGUAACUGUGCCAUCAUCCACAGUACAGGAGAUGGAGGCUGUCGAGGUAAAAGCGCCUACCGAAUGUAUGAUUACUCUCGAGUCUGAUGUAGCUGCUCCUGGAGUACCCAAGGAGGAACACAAACUAACAGUCAUGGUCCGUCCUCCUCCUCAACUUCAGACCCUCAGUAGCUACUCUUCUUCAAAAACAAACAAGCCCAAAACAAGUCUAGCUGCAGCGAAAGCAAAAGACUUGUUUGAUAUUUUCUAUGGCAGCAGCACUAUGGCUAGCUGCAGUGGUUCUAGUGCUGGCAAAAAGGUUGAUUGUAAACAAGACUCUAAAGUUGAUUCAGGAAGUUUGCUGACCACUGUAGAUAAAGAAUCAACAGAGGUGCAGGAUCCAAACAUUAAACUCGUAGCUGAGGUCUCCAGCUUGAAGUGUGAGGAGCCGUCUGAGGACAGAGAAGCACAGUCUGAACCACCAACUUUUGAUCUUGAAGUAGAACCACUUGUGGAGUCAAAAACUGAAGAGCAUUGUGGAAGCAUGGAAAUGGCAACAGAUGGUUGCAAGAACGAAGCAGAUUCUCUGGACUGUUUAGCCAAUUCAGAAAUCAUGGAGAACAUUGAGCUGAUGGGAUCAAAUGAUAACCAAAAUCCUCUGGACUCUGAAGAGGCGAUGACUCUUUCGUUCUCCCCACCGCCAGGUUCUUUUACAGAGCAACUGAACUUGGACACUUUUGAGUUCAGUUUUGACCCUUUGUAAAGAACCUUCAUCCAGUAGGUUUAGGGAUGUGUAUGAAACCUACGAAUGUUUCAGUAACAUUGAUCUGAAAACUUUUAAUUUGUAUUAUUUGGUUCAGAUGUUUCACGUAUCUUCUUAAACUUUUUGGCAGGUAAUGCCAGUGAAAUGGUGGACUGACAAGCACUCAUUCUGAAGGAAAGGAGAUUCCACUGAAAGAAUGAGCAGUUUCUCAACAAGUAAUGAAUCAUUAGCAUAUGUAAAAUGUUUCACAGUUCUUGUUAAAAUACAGGGUUUUGAACUCCCCUGCUUUUUCUUGCUUUGUUUGCAGCUGAAACUGUUCCUUUAAAAAAAAAAGGUAAUGUAGACCAUUUUAUAUAAUUUGUUUGAGAGUGAUAUAAGUUCAAGUCUAAAUCCAUUAAUCCUUCCACUUAAGUAAAUCAAAGAUAUUUUAAUGCAGGAGCCAGAGAGAUCCAAGGUCAGAAGAGAAAAAGAAUUGGUAUGGAGCUCACGCUACAAGGACAAAAUGUCUUGAAAUACAUUUGAACUUUUGUCCAGCAUAAGUUUUCUCUUUACAGCUCUUGUGAGAACUGAUACACAUCUGAGAUAAUGGUCCUGUACUCUGUUAGUUGAAAUAUUGUACACUGUUAGUUUCUAUAUUACUAUUGGUUGUUCUGUAGUUUUUUGGUGUAUAAGGUGUAGUUCAAAUAAAUUUCAUUGACCUCC